GGGCGUGGAGCACGCAUGCGCGGCAGCGGCUGCGCGCUGCCCGGAUCGUGCGGGGCCCAAGCCUCUCCGCCGGCGCAGGCUCCCUCGCGCCAGCUCGCGGCCGCCGCCAUGUCGGCCGCUAUCGAGCGGGAGUUUGAUGAGUUGGACGCUCAGAAUCGCUGGCAGCAGCUGUACCUGGAAAUUCGCAGUGAGUCCCAUGACUAUCCUCAUAGAGUGGCCAAGUUUCCAGAAAACAGAAAUCGAAACAGAUACAGAGAUGUAAGCCCAUAUGAUCACAGUCGUGUUAAACUGCAAAAUGCUGAAAAUGAUUAUAUUAAUGCCAGCUUAGUUGACAUAGAAGAGGCGCAGAGGAGUUACAUCUUAACACAGGGUCCACUUCCUAAUACAGGUUGUCAUUUCUGGCUCAUGGUUUGGCAGCAAAAGACCAAAGCAGUUGUCAUGCUAAACCGAAUUGUGGAGAAAGAAUCGGUUAAAUGUGCACAGUACUGGCCGACAAAGGAUGACCGAGAGAUGCUGUUUAAGGAAACAGGCUUCAGUGUGAAGUUCCUGUCGGAAGACGUGAAGUCCUAUUAUACGGUCCAUGUGCUGCAGUUAGGAAACACCAAUAGUGGUGAAACCAGAACAAUAUCUCACUUUCAUUAUACUACCUGGCCAGAUUUCGGAGUCCCUGAAUCACCAGCUUCAUUUCUCAAUUUCUUAUUUAAAGUGCGAGAGUCUGGCUCCUUGAAUCCUGAACACGGGCCUGCGGUGAUCCACUGUAGUGCCGGCAUUGGGCGGUCAGGCACCUUUUCUCUGGUGGACACUUGUCUUGUUCUGAUGGAAAAAGGAGACAAUAUUAAUAUUAAACAACUGUUACUGAAUAUGAGAAAAUACCGAAUGGGGCUGAUUCAGACACCAGAUCAACUCAGAUUUUCAUACAUGACUAUAAUAGAAGGAGCAAAGUUUAUAAAGGGAGAUUCAAGUAUACAGAAACGGUGGAAAGAACUUUCUAAGGAAGAUGUAUGUCCUGUUUUCGAUCAUUCACCAACCAAAAUAAUGACUGAAAAAUACAACGGGAACAGGAUAGGCCUAGAAGAAGAAAAACUGACAAGUGACAGGUAUACAGGACUGUCCUCUAAAAUGCAAGAUAUGCUGGAGGAAAACAGCGAGAGUGCUCUGCGCAAGCGCCUUCGGGAGGACAGGAAAGCCAGCACAGCUCAGAAGGUGCAGCAGAUGAAGAAGAGGCUGAACGAGACCGAACGAAAAAGGAAAAGUUCAUUGGUUUGGAUUUGAUUCCAUCUUUCCUUGUAUCUGUCUUCAAAGCACUGUUUCUGGGACAGCAGCACCCACAGCCCCUACAACAGCAGAUAAGUUAGAAAUGCCAGGUGUCCUCUUGUUCUGCUGAAUGUGUAUGAGUGAUGUCAUGUUGCAGAGUACUGCCUCGGCUAAGCAGUGACUCAGCCCGAGGGGCUUUUAGUUGGGUCGAGGGAUUGUCUUUAUCAGUAACAACCUGACAAUGAGAAUUCUCAAACGCUAUGACCGUCUCUGUGCAGUCCAGUGGGAGAAUGAAAAAUCCAAUCAUUGGUACUCUUUCUGUUUGGGUUUUAUAAUUUAGAGUGGAAUAUGGGAAUUUUAGGAUUUAGGGAGGAUAUUACUUGAAGAGUCUACUUUAAUACUACUGUCUGGUUUUCCAUCACAUGGUAUGGGGGAGCUAUAAGGAGAAUGGAAUGGGAAUUUUUUUCUUUAUGGAGACCAUUUUUUAAAGAAAAGCAUCAAUUCUUUAUUGUUGCUCUAAUUUGGCAUAGAUUUUUUAGACAUAUGAUGAUGUUGAUACUUCAAAUUACUACUAUAAAAAACCUGAAGUUAUUCUGAGUUUGGUGAAUUCGGGAGUUUCCCACUGGGUAAGUUGAUGUUGUCUGUAAGGCAGUGAGUGCCUUGCUCACCGCAGAGAAGUGUGUGGGACUCUUUUCAGUAAAGCAAGGAUGAGUAUCUGGUGGCAGGAACUACUUCAGUGUGGAGCCAGCCCCUGUCAAGACCUUUUAGUUGUUCUAAGGGGUAGUUCAUCCUUGCUGAGUGUGUCUUUAACACACUGCUGGGGAGGCAACACCUGCCGGUUCUGCGAGUCAGUAGAUACACCUCUCCGAGGUGCAUCCCAUUACCCGAUUUUCAGACGAGAAAACUGAGUCAAAGAAUAAGUAACUUGCAAGGUUGUACAUCUAGAUCAUGACAGAGCUGAGAUUUGAACUCCAGUCUGUAGAAUCCCAGUAACCCCAGGCCUCACGCUUUCCCAUUAUGUCACACGCAACCUGUUUUUAUGGAAUAUUUAAGUGGAAAAGCAUUAGACAGCUACUGUUAUCCAUUAAAAUCCAAAAUAACCCUCUUUUUAUUUUUUAAGUGAAACAAAUCAAAGUUUUCCCCUCCAAAAAAUUUUGUGGAACAGUUUGAACUACCACUGAGCCAGAGUAAUACUGGAACAUCAGAGCACUCUCUAAACCAAACCAUUAUUUCAUUUACUCUGACUGGAUCAGUUCCUUGGUUUUAACAAGGGGACUUCUGAAGGUGUGGGAAACACAUGCAUAUUUUGCAGCACUCAGGGUCAGUCAGAAGCUCCUUUCCUCACAUCAGCCACUUUGGUUCAGGGUUCUCAGGUCCCUGCAAGAAGCACCUGUGGUAGUUUCUGUGACCACAGGCACCUAACAAGAAUGCUUCCUUGGUGUCUGGACAUUUCUCUGUCAGUGCUGGAAAUGAGACACCAAGGAGCCAGCAGUCAGGAAGAAGCCAACUCGUAGUAUUGGGGGUUUUGACUAAAUGUUUUGGAUAAAUGUGUGGGUGUGGUUUAUAUCUCCUAUUUAUUCGCGUGGAGGCACAAUAAUGACAAGUAUUUAGAUCUGGGGUUUUUUUUGUCAGAGCAAGGGAAGUUGAGGGGAAAUAUGUUACCACCUCAGAAGUUCAGCUAUUUGCAAAUAUUGUGAAAUAACAUUAAAAACUCACCUGCCCUUAAAUUAGUUGUUAUUUCAUCUCUCUAUCACUUGUUUAAACUCUCAUUUAUCUUUACUUUUUGGCAUUAAAGUACAAUAAAUCUAUCAGUUAUUUUAUGUCUGUGUUUUCUUUUAAUACUUAAAUCAUGUCACUUCAGUUCUGUAUUUCUGUGAUCAUUAGUAUUACCCUUCAGGACAAAAAGCAUGCUGCUAACAGUCCGUGAGUUAAAGAUAUAAGCCAACUUUAUGUUCAUACAUUACAUUCAUAAUAUUUUUAGCAGUAUGAUACAGUGAAGGUCCAAAUUGGAUUAGACUUUUGCAUUGAAUUCUAAAGUAUUGGUAAGUCUAGCACAUACCAUAUAAUCUUACUAAACUGUUGUGGGUACAUUUUUUUUUUAAACUGUCAGUAUAGCUCACAUGGAGGUCAUUUCUUGAGUAAUACAGGAUGACCUAAAAAAAUUCAUAGUUAUUCUCGUAAAAGAGUGAGAGUUAUGGUGCUUUAACAUGAGUCUACCUCACACCACCAAUUCUGUUUGAAAAUCAAGCACAUAAGCAGUUUUACCAAGGUAACAGUGAAGCACUCAGUGUGAUUGAGUGUGAUGUGUUGGAAUGUUUUUUUGGUUGCCUUUUUAGUUCAUUGUUAGUCCUUUUAUGUUUGUGUGUAUCUGUGUACGUCUGUGUGUUUGGUAAAUAUGAAUUGAAUAGAUGACUUCUUAUUUUAUGUUUUAGGCCAAGAUUGACAGACACCUAAAUAUUCAUGACUUGAGAAUAUUCUGCAGCUAUAAAUUUUGAACCAUUGAUGUGCAAAGCAAGACCUGAAGCCCACUCCGGAAACUAAGUGAGGCUUGAUAAGCCUGUAGAUUGCCUCACAUUUGUCUGUUUACAAAGUAAACCUUACAUCCAGGGAACGAAGAGCACCACCAGCAGAAGACUUUGCAGAACCCUUUCAUUUGAUGCAUUGUUAAGUUUUUUAAUGCGUGUGUGAAAUGUAGAGAGAUGUAAAAGAAAUAAAUUAGGAAAGACUACUUUGUAUUGUACUGCCAUUCCUACUGUAUUUUUAUACUUUUUGGCAGCAUUAAAUAUUUUUAUUAAAUAGA